AAAUCAGCCGAGUGCCCCUUUAAAUUGAGCUUCGACAACAAAUCUUUUGUUUCCCUGUUUGCCCAGCGUGGACUUCGAGAGAAGGCAAGGGAGAUUAUUUCAGUCCGGCGCGCUGAUAAGAAGUUACAUAUCUCACAUUAGAGACAGAAAAUGGCUGAUGGAGCACACCCGCCUGCAGACUCUUGUGUGAAAGCUCUCAGGGCUUUUGUUGAAAAUGGAAAAGCUCUGCUGGACCUCGCCGAGAAAGAGAGCAGGGAAGGCUCCCUUCAAGAAUUCAUCAGGCAGAAAAUCCGCAUAGAGCAAAAACAGUCACUGCUGGGUCUGAUUGAAGCUGGUGCAGCUUUGUACAAAAGUUUGUCUGUGAAGAGGAUAAAAGAUGCCGAAGAUCUCUGGAGAAAAAACAAUCACUGUGCUUCUUUACGGGACGCCGUCCGAGACUUUGAGCAGCUAGAGGUGCAGUGGGAUGCCUUUCUGCAGCGUUUGGAUGAUGAGUUACAACUGAGUGCUAAAAUACUGGAUGGGGACCAUCAGUCAAAACGUGUUUCACCUGAAACAUCGCUCAUCAACGCCAGAACGGGAGAAACAGUGACAUUCGAGAAAUAUCUCGGGAAAGGUAAAAAGAUCCUGCUGGUGUUGAUCCGUCAGUUCUCUUGUCUACUCUGCCGCCUCCACCUUAAAGAUCUGGAGAAGAAACAGAGCUCCCUCGAUGCGCACUCAGUUCAAGUGGUGGUUGUUUCGUUCGGCUGUCAGGAAGGAGCUUCACACUGGCUGCAGGACACCGACUGUCAAUACGACAUGCUGUUGGACCCUGAUAGGAAGAUGUACGCAGCAUUCGGCCUCGGAGCGUCCCUGAAGAAAGUGUUAAACUUCAGAAACAUGCUGCUCUACGCUGAGUACGUGGCCGACAAUAUGGAGUUUCCACGAGGGCUUCCGUCGAUUCAAGACGACAUGUUUCAGCUGGGCGGCGACUUUGUUCUGGAUGAACAUGGGAGGGUGCUGUUCUCUCACUGCUGUCAGAGUCCCAUAGACAGACCCUCAGUGGAGGACAUUUUAUCUGCACAGUGAAGAUGAAACUCCUUCAUGCACAACACAGAUUAAUUAAAAAAGGAGAGCAGAAACGGCCGAUAACAGCUGAUAAACUCUUAAAUUCAUGCAGUAGUUUAGAUGAACAGGGACUGCUGGGCCGAGCUGUAAACUGAUAAACAUGGUAACAAUCAGCUUAAAGUAACAAACUUGUUAUAGACAAACUUGAUAAAUGAUAAACACAUCCAAUUAAAUGUUACUGUGCAGAUAAACACCUUUAAUUUGAUAAGAAAAUCUAAUUAAAACAUGAUGGUGAUCUCAUUGGUUCACACCGUGCACAGGACAAACACUUUUAUUAUUUUUCUUAGAAUAUAAUAUAGGUGUGGACACAAUAACAGGAACACCCAUUAAUUCAAUGGGUAAGCCAGAAGGAACCACCCUCAACACGUCUUUUUCCCAGCAGCAUGGAUUAAAGUGACAAAAUCAAUACUGCACUGCACUAAUUACACUGUGAGAAAAGUAAUUAACAAUUACUGCCACGGCUGCAAUUAAUUAUUGUCAUUAUUGAUUCAUCUGCCAGUUAGUUUCCUGAUAAACAUUUGAAGUAGCUUAAGAAAUCACCAAAUCGCCACAGUGGACUGGCUGAUUUUUAGAAUUACUCUACCAAUAUUUAGACUUUUAUAACUUCCGCCACAUAUGGACCGCUACUGGCUGACCAGCGUAGGAAUCGGUGUACAGUGGUCCCUCGUUUAUCGCGGGGGAUACGUUCUAAAAAUAACUCGCAA